UUUGUAAGUUACCUGACGAGUUGGUACUGUUGGUAGUUGGUGCUGGCAACAGUUUAGUGGACACAGUCGCGUCGGCCGGUCGUGCGAGAGCCGCGACACCACCAAAAUGUCGAAGAAAGUAUUGGAGUCGAAGCCGAAGGCGAGCGCCAGCAGCGACAAUGUGACGGAGACCACUCCGCUGGUGGGCAAGAAGGAUGGAGAUGGGGAGCGCCAGGGUCUGACGAUGCAGCAGACGUCCAUCCUGAUUGCCGGCGAAAUGGCUGGCAGCGGUGUGCUGGCACUGCCACGAGCUCUCGUCAAGACCGGAUGGGUUGGUGUACCAAUCAUCAUUCUGGUCUGCUUGAUGGCCGCAUUCAGCGGCAAGAGGUUGGGUGACUGCUGGUCCAUUCUGGAGGCCCGGGACCCAGAGAUGAGGUCUCGGAAGAGGAACCCUUACGCGAUCAUCGUGGAACAGUCGCUCGGCAAGGCCUGGAGUGUGGUGGUAUCGAUGGCCAUGAUCGUGACCCUGUUUGGCGCCUCCGUGGUGUACCUGCUGCUGGCUGCACAGAUCAUCGAGGCGGUGCUUCUCUCCCUGGUACCUUCCCUCACCAUCUGUACCUGGUACCUCAUCGUUGUCGGCGCCAUGACACCGCUGCUCUUCUUCGGAACGCCUAAAGAUUUCCAUUUGAUGGGUCUCCUUGCCUUUGGAUCCUCCGUGGUUGCCUGCAUCUUGUACUUCAUCGAGAUGAUGAGCGAGGCCUCACCAUUCACCUACCGUUAUGGCAUCCACGGAUUCAUGGACUUCUUCCUGGCGAUGGGAACCCUCAUGUUCGCGUUCGGAGGAGCCUCCACCUUCCCCACCAUACAGAACGACAUGGCAGACAAAACCAAGUUCGGGAAGAGUUUGCAGUACGGCUUCCUCGCUGUGCUUAUUCUGUACCUGCUGAUCGCCAUCGGAGGAUACGCAGUGUUUGGAGAGCGAGUGCUGCCUAACGUGGCGCUCUCUAUGGCCGCCACUCCCCUUACGCUGGCAGCUAACGUACUGAUGGCCAUCCAUCUGCUGGCCGCCUUUAUCAUCAUCAUCAACCCCGUUUGCCAGGAGGUCGAGGAGCUGUACAAUGUACCCAGAGACUCGGUUGGAUGGCGCAUGGCAGUGCGCGUGUCUAUAAUGCUGGCCCUCCUCUUCAUCGGUGAGAGUAUCCCGCGGUUCUACACCAUCUUGGCGCUGAUCGGAGCCACCACCAUCGCCCUGCUCACCUACAUCCUGCCCUCGGUCUGCUACCUCCAGCUCGUCAACCAGCCCGCCGCUGAGGGACAGGCACCCAUCGAGACGCCCGGCUGGAUGAAGAUGGUGUGCUACGAGGUGAUAGCGCUGGGCAUCGUGGGCGGCGUGGCGGCAUCCAUCAGCGCCUUCGGAGCCAUCUUCAGCACGUCCAUGGCAGUGCCCUGCUACUUGUGAUCGCGCACAAUUCUCAUACGUCAGCUCUACAAUAAUUAUACGUCACUAUGCAUAGUUAGCAACAUUUUUUUUAUAUCUAAAGAGAGUGAGCUGCCCUUAAAUCUGUUAGUUGAAACAUUCUGUUGACUCCAGGCCCCUUGUAACGCUAUUGUAUGUAGUGUAAUUGUAUUUACUCGGCGCUUGGUCAGCCAAUCAAAGAGUCGUAGAAUGCUGGUAGAUGUAAGAAGUAACCAUGUUAGACUAGUCUAGACUUACGUAUCUGCUUACUUUUAAACACAUCGUCUGUUAAUUGAAUAUCUGAGAGAAGGGACUCCUUAGAACACAGCUUUGUAGUAACCACAACGCGAUUUGUUGCUACACUGCAGCAGCAAUGCGCAUCUUUAUGAAACCAAAAUAUCAACCUUUUAUCAUUCUUUUGUUGUAAAACAAAAAGCAAAGACAAAACAAACCACCAAUCACGUGUACCACGGAGUUGUUCCAUAUACAUGUAUAAUAGUGAGAAACUUAAGAUUUCUCAAUCAAACUUAUUUGUAAUUAGUUUAACUGUUUAAAACAUGUUCGUGGUGGUGCCUUCUCUCGAAGUAAAUAUAAGUAAUAUUUUGUUACUUUUUCUUAUGUUUUUAAUUUUUAGAUAAAUCAUAGACAUAUUAAGACAAUUUUUUAAACAAACAUUUUGCACAAUUCGCUCAUGACUUUGUUUCUUAGUGAAUUAUCACCAGGGGUGCGCCCGUGCACUGCACUUUCGUACCGAUACGCAUUUACUGCCAUUGCACAAACACGGAGUGUAGGUACCACCCACACUAUUACAACAACACACACAAACAUUACAAUUAUCUCUUACUAAUUAAGUUUAUUAACUUACUCUCUGUUAUCUGAAACCGUUUCGCUCCGUUACGCUUUAGAAUGCAAAAAAUCAUAGUUCAAUAAACGGUUUAAAUUAAGUAUAA